AUGUCUCAAGCCAAUUCUGCCAUCCAUGGACCAUACAGAAGGAAGGUGACUCUAGCUUGUGAUUCUUGCCGCAAGCGAAGGGUCAAAUGUAGCGGUAGCCAACCAUGCACGCUGUGCUCUGAGAGCGGGCGGCAAUGCGAAUUUGAUAGCAAGAAUAGAGGGAGACGCGGCCCCAGACCCCGACGGACUGUGCAGCCUCAAAGAAUUGUUCAUCAGUUGGCCGCUCGAAUCCCGUCCAGUAGGCAAGUGACUGUCUCUUCACACCCACAAACUGAAGUCGACCUCGUAUGGCAUCCCCAAAAUGAGAUGCAGGAUGUGGAAGGGACCGAGAGAUGUGUCACGGACGACGGUGAUGACGAAGAAGAAGAAGAAGAAGAAGAAGAUGAUGAUGAUGACGAUCACCUCUCACUGGAUCCAUCUCCUGCCAACGCUGGACAUAGAUCUCAUGUGCCAUCUCAUCCAUACUUUUUGCACUCGGGCAAGCGCGCAACUGAGAUCGCUGCUAUCACCGGCUCAAAUGCAACAUCACCUAUCCCAGGGUACCAUGUCUCAGGCCUUAGUGCUGGCGGUAUGCGCUUCGAGCAUGCGUUUCACUGUGCACAAAGCCGCACGUGGAGCACACGCUCGGGAGUUUGCUGA